AUGGAGAGCCUUCUCGCAAACAUCAGCUCCAACUCCACUGCUGAGCCUCUCCUGUCACUUUUCAACUCACACCAAACUAACUGCAACACCUGGGACCAGGAAUGGGGAAUGUAUCAAGAUUUCUACACUGUCUGGGUUUUUCUGAUGGUGUUUAACUGUCUGAUGCUGGUGGUUGGUGUGGUCCUCAACAGCCUGGCUCUCUACGUUUUCUGCGGUGCCUCUGCACACUCUUCAGCCUCCGUGGUUUACACCAUAAACCUGGCCGUGGCUGACCUGCUGGUGGCUCUGUCGCUGCCGGCUCGCAUCGCUCUGUACCACAGUGGAGGGAGCUGUGUGGCCUGCUCAUACGUCCACACCUUCAGCUACUUUGUCAAUAUGUACUGUAGUAUCCUGUUUCUGACCAGCAUCUGUAUCGAUCGGUACCUCGCUGUCGUCCACGCAUCCAGUACCCUUCAUCGAUGGAGGACCAUAGGAGCGGCAAGGUGUGUCAGUGCCACCGUGUGGUUCAUUGCAGUCGUGGUCACCUACUCUUUUCAGACCACAGCUUUGGAGUUCAGUUCCUCCUGCAUGGUCCUCCCUGCCCUCUUCUAUCUCACCAUCCUGGAGUUUCUCCUCCCCCUGCUCGCCGUGGUGGUCUUCACUCUGCGCGUCACCUGUUUUCUCUCCUCCAGCCACAGCGGGAUGCCCCACCAGAGCAGGGUGAGGAGGACUCGUGCCAUCAGGCUUUUGGCCACCGUCCUGGUGGUCUUCACUGUGUGUUUCACACCCUUCCACGUCCGCCAGGUGCUGGUUUACUUCCAGUUCAGAGUGGCGGGGGAGGCGCCCGGGCAAGGGGCGAGGGAUGUGCUUGCCUAUCACAUCACCGUGACCUUGAGCAGCCUGAAUAGCUGCCUGGAUCCAGUGGUUUACUGCUUUGUGACGGACAGCUUCAAGAGAAUGUGGAGGACCAGGAGAAGGGGAGGCAGAGAGGAGGACGGGGAGGUGGGGUUUACAAGCGGCGUCGAAGGGGAGAGGAAUUCGGUGAAUAAAUGCUCGGGUACGGCACUGGCGAUAGCUCAGAGCAUAGCCACACUAACGCUCACAAGCGCACCCCUCUCUACAGCCAGCGCACACCACUCUGAUUGGACAGGCGGCCAUGUUUCAGAAACCAGUGAUAGCACAGUUCAGAGAGACAGCUGGAGACAGUGA